AUGCACGUUCGGUCGUCCGCCACGCCGACCAAGGUGAGCUUCGCCACAGUGCGCGGCUUCUCGAGUUGGAGCCCCGGCCGCGCAGUGGGCAAGACGCGCUGGCUCUGGGCCAACCAGCGCCGCUCGGGGCGGUCCGACAACGGCGGCGCGGUGCCGUCGUCUUCGUCGCCGCCGCCUUGGCUUCGCCUCCGCUCCGACUCGCCUGGCGGACCGCCAUCGCCCCCGAAGCUCGAGGGAUCGCAGCUGCAGCGCGCGGUCAAGGUGGUGCUCCUCACCUUCACCUAUGGCCCGCUGCUCUACAUCACCCACCUCCUUCUCCCCACCGGCCUCCACAUGGCGGGACUGCCGCAGCUGGCAACGACCGAUUGGACCGCUACGCUGGUGAUUGUAGGGUCGUUUCUGCUGCCGCUGCGUACCGUCUCCCUGCGCCUGCUUCCGGCGUUCGUGCUGAGCGCCGCAGCCUUCGAGCUCACGGCUGCCGUCUGUCAGUCACUGAUCAAGGCCGAAUACGCCACUCAGGCGAAGCGCAGUGAGGGAUGGUGGAACAAGCUGUUCGGUGGGUACACCCUCGAGUACAACACCGAGCACGACGUCUACGAAUACAAGCGGCGUGUUCUCUUCACACUUCUCGGACUUGGCCAGCAAGCAGAGGGUCCUCUGUUGGCCUCUCUUCACAACAACGCCCACUGCGCUGCUGGAGUGGUUGCCGUCGGCAGUCGGCAAGCCGCCACCCUCCGGGAAAUAAAGCAGUACCUCCUCACCGGCGAUGCCCGCUCCGAGGAGGAAAAGCUCGCCGUGAUCGAGCACGAGAAAGGCCAUGCCGACACGAGGUCGUUCUUCGACGUGCUCGACCUGUACAUCGCCCACGUAUUCCUUCAGGCGUGCUUGAAGCCGUCGCUAGGCCUGGUGCUUGCACCCAUCUUUGUCGCGAGCGCGUGGACCCUGUCGGCCUGGUGCGCCGAAGCUGUGGCCGAUAUGCGGGCAGGUCGGAGAGGCUUGUACGUCAAGCUCACGGAAUGCGCCGUGCGGCUACAGCGCAACACCGGCGAAGGCGAGGAAGACGCGCAUGCGCUGCGUAAGAUCUCGCAGGCCCUCGGCCCUACCGAGUCCGUUCACAUCGCGCAUACCGAAGCCUGCGCCGGCGGCGCGCCCUCGCCCUGCCACGGCGAGAUCGGCCCUGGAUCGCACCCGCCGGUCGAGUGGCGCUACUACGCCUGGCUCUACGGCGACCGGGUGUACCCCUGGCUCGAGCCGGUGCUGUCGGCCGUGGGCUCGGCCGUCACGCUCCGCCCGCUGAUCGAUCCGCUGCGGCCAGAGCUCGACGCCGCCGCGCUGCAGCUCGUCAACGAGCAAGCCAACCGCCAAGACGCGGAAACGAAGUGA